ACAUCGAUAUUACAAUGGUCACAUUGGGCAUUCCGAGCCCUGCGCUGAGUUCUAAGCCACAAUACAUCUUAAAUAAUAAAAUUUAAGGGCCUGUAAAAUGUGUAAUCAGCAAAAGUGCGAAAACCCCUGUCUCGUUUUUUAAGUCAAACAAUUGGUGGUGCGCGUGUAGUGUAAAAAAAUCCCAAUUAACUGCAACGCAAUUGCAAUGGCGACGAGUCCGAAGAAAAACGAAUGACAAUGAGCGAGUGUUAAAAAAAACAAGAAAAGAAAAAAAUAGUACAGCGACCAGCAAACAGUUGCUGCCAAGUUCAAAAGAAUUAUAAAAAUAAACAUUAUAACCAAGCUACCAAAAACACACGGUCAACAUCGCAUCCGCACAGAUGAGACAUGCAAAUAGUGCAAAUGAUAACAAUCAUAAGCAGCAGCAGCAGACGCAGCAACAAGCAACUAAAACAAUAGCAGCAAAACAACAGUUAAACAACUGCGAGCAACAACAGCUUUUUUAGUUCGAGCUCGAUUAGUACUAAACAGCAGCAGCAGCACACAAAUCAGCAUGGCCAGGAAUCAUUGUCUCACAUUAGACCUGGCAUUGCUGGGGCUCUGUUUGAUAUGUCAUCAAGCGGUCGUUGAUGCCCAUGUGCUCGUAUACAGACGCACCACCACACAGCUGAUUGAAGAGUUCAACGAUUUGCCUGCCACAUUCGGACCUUCCAUUGUGGGCAAUAGUCUGCGGGUAUUUGUGGUGCCACAUGAUCCCAGUAAUCCAUAUGGUUGUGAUAAUUUAAAUGAUCCACCGCGCACUGGCUAUCCACCCGGCGCCAAGUUUGUAGCAAUCCUAUCACGCGGUGGUGAUUGCACAUUUGAGCGCAAGGUGCGCGUGGCUCAGAAUGCAACGUAUUACGCUGUGAUCAUCUACAACAACGAGGGCGAUGAGCUGGAGCAAAUGACCGCCAACAACAGCACAGGCAUAAAAAUACCCUCCGUUUUUGUGGGCAUUACUACUGGUAAAACCUUAUUAUCUUUCUUUACGCCAGAAGUGGUGCUAAUUAUUAACGAUGAGCUGCCCUUCAAUAUCAACACACAAUUGAUAUUGCCAUUUUCCAUACUGAUUGCAUUAUGUUUCCUUAUUUUGAUUGUUUACAUGAUAUACAAAUGCAUACGGGAGCAGCGCCGUUUGCGUCGUUAUAGGCUGCCCAAGAGUAUGCUUAAAAAGAUACCAGUGCUGCGAUAUACAAAGAAUAAUACCACCAUUAAACACGAGACCUGCGUCAUUUGUCUCGAAGACUUUGUCGAGGAUGACAAACUACGCGUGCUGCCCUGUUCGCAUCCUUAUCACAGCCACUGUAUCGAUCCAUGGCUAACUGAAAAUCGUCGCGUCUGCCCCAUAUGCAAACGGAAGGUUUUUACGAAGGGCGAAGCACGUGCGAGUCGGAAUCGACAGCCUUCCUUAGAUAGCGUCACCGAUACUGAUGACGAUACCACACCGCUGCUGCAACAGCAGCCGCAAUCAACGGCUACUGCAGGCUCUGCGCCUAGUGGCAGCAACAACACCAGCAUCAAUUCCGCAUCAUCGGCAGAAGGAACUACAAUACAUGGCACAUUCAGACGUGGUGAUACAGCACGUACUCUCAACGCAGCACAGGAAUAUCAAAGUUCUGAUGAUGAAAAUGCGCUACUAGAUUCCACCCUGCCUCAGGUAAGUGCAUCGUCAUCGCCUUUUCAACGACGCGUCAAUCCUUUCGAUCGGGCAAUAAAUUUGCCAGCUCAUUUGGCAAAUCAGUUGAAUCAGCCAAGGCGGUCAUUUUGGUCACGUAUUAACUUCAACUCCCUAUUUCGCCGUGAGCCCGUUGGCAUUAGCAUUGCAGCGCCGCCGUAUCUUGAGCAUAUUGAGUCCGGUACAAGUGAUGUAGCCAAUCGCGGUAUAACAGAAGCAGCUCAAAUUACUGUUAUUUCCAAUCCUACAUCGAACAACAUACUAAAUCCGAAUUUAAGCGGCUCUUUCAAAGAUGAUGACGAUAUGCCACCGCAUCGUUCCAUUUACGAACCUAUUGCAAUCAGUGCGCCCACAACAGAGCAGGGUAUAUCUACAGGUGACUCGGCUUUCCUACAGACGCCCACACAGGGCGGUAUAGGAGUUGCCGCGCUACCCCACAGCAGCUCAGAUGACCCGAUACUCAUAUGAGUAUAUGCUAAUAAGAGAGUAUAGUAAUUUUCUAGGACAUAGUUCACACCUAGCAGGCAAAAAGAAAUCCCCUCAGAGGGACUACAAAAGUAGAUGUCGCUUGCAAGCGGCUAAGCUCUGGCUGCCAGCUGCUUUGUUUUAAACAAUUAACAAAUGUUUACCCUUAAUACACAUAAUAUGUAAUUGUAAUUGUAUUUGUAAUCAUCAUUGUCAUGAAUCAUGGAUGAUUAUGGUUUGCAUCGCAGAGCACAUUGCAUUCACACACACACACAUACAUAUACAACACACAAACAUAAAUAUGCGUAUACAAAUUGUGAUUUAUUUUAUAUACCUUAUAUUAUUAACAUUAUUGGCUUGUAUAACUAAAGUCGAAACGCAAACAAAACUAAUAUGAGAAAGAAAAUACCAUUUAUUUUUGAAUAAGAUUGAAAUUGUUUACCUGAUUCUGAUAACAUAAUUAAAUUUGCUUGUUUUUUAACCACACAACACUCCAAGAACAAAUGUCACCAAAAGAAAACGAAUCAAACAUGUGUAAUUAAACCUAUUGAUAACCACUAGUUGUAAUAUCCACGUGAACGUUGUUUUCAAGCCAGGAACUCAGUUUUCAUCAAUAAGAAGCAAUUCAUUCAUUGAUUUUGUAUGAUGUUACCGUAUAUUUAACUAAUUUUAAGUUUUGCUUUGUAAUAUAUAUU